GGAUUGCGUCACUCUCCGCCGAGCCUCAGCCUCAGCACGCCACCAUGACCUCCAGCUUCGUCUCACGCUCCUCCGCCAGGUCGGUCCGGACCGCUUCGGUCGUGGGCGGCGGCCGCGUCACGGCCGUGAGGGCCGGCAGCGUCUACGGCGGGGCGGGAGGUUCCGACGUGCGCGUCUCGUCGCCGGGCGUGGGCGGCGGCUUCUCCUCGAUGGCCGCGCGCGGGACCGACGCGCUGAUGGGCAACGAGAAGUUCACCAUGCGGAACCUGAACGACCGACUGGCGACCUACCUGGACAAGGUGCGCUCCCUGGAGAAGGCCAACGCCGAGCUGGAGCUGAAGAUCCAUCAGUUCCUGGAGAGCCGAGUGGGCCCCGCCAGCAGAGACUGCACCGCCUACUUUGCCACCAUCGCCAACCUCAACGCCAAGAUCCAGGAUGCCACCCGGACGAACGGAGCGGCCCACCUGAGCUUCGACAACGCCAGACUGGCGGCAGAAGACUUCAAAACCAAGUUCGACAACGAGCUGGCCAUGCGCCUGUCGGUGGAGGCCGACAUCGGAGGACUGCGGCGCGUCCUGGACGAGCUCACGCUGGCCAGAUCCGACCUGGAGAUGCAGAUUGAAGGCCUGAAGGAGGAGCUCAUCUUCCUCAAGAAGAACCACCAGGAGGAGCUGGCAGCGUUGCGUGCUCAUAUGAGCGGUCAGGUGCACGUGGAGGUGGACGCGGCCCCUGGUCAGGACUUGUCAGCCAUGAUGGCCGAAAUCAGAGAACAUUACGAGGCAAUCACGGCCAAGAGCCACAGAGACCUGGAGGCCUGGUUCAAUGCCAAGAUGGAGGCUCUCGACAAAGAAGUGCUGACGCAGACGGUUAGCUUGCAGACGUCCAGGUCGGAGAUCACUGACGUCAAACGCACACUGCAGGCGCUCCAGAUAGAACUGCAGUCCACGUUGGGCAUGAAAGCGUCGCUGGAAGGAACGCUGUCCGAGACGCAGAGUCGCUACUCCGUGGUGCUGUCGAGCUUCCAGAUGCAGGUGUCCUCGCUGGAGGAGCGGCUGAUUCAGCUGCGAGCCGACUCGGAGCGCCAGCGUCAGGAGUACCGGAUGCUGCUGGACAUCAAGACGCGUCUGGAGAUGGAGAUCGCCGAGUACCGCCGCCUGCUGGAGGGCGAGAGCGUCGGCAGUCUUUCCUCGACCUCGUCGUCCACGUCCUCUACCAAGCGAGUGGUGACGGUGGUGGAGAAGGUGGUAGACGGCAGGGCGGUCAGCUCAUCCUCCAAGAGCUCCUCCUCCUUCACGUCUCGUUGACAUCGUCAACAGUACGACGAAGGAACUCAACAAUAAAGGCUCCAAAUGAUAA